AUGUCCGGCCGCGGGAAGCAGGGCGGGAAAGCCAGAGCGAAGGCGAAGACGCGCUCUUCGCGGGCCGGGCUGCAGUUCCCGGUGGGCCGCGUGCACCGCCUGCUGCGGAAGGGCAACUACGCCGAGCGGGUGGGCGCCGGGGCGCCGGUCUACCUGGCGGCCGUGCUGGAGUACCUGACGGCCGAGAUCCUGGAGCUGGCGGGCAACGCGGCGCGCGACAACAAGAAGACGCGCAUCAUCCCGCGCCACCUGCAGCUGGCCGUGCGCAACGACGAGGAGCUGAGCAAGCUGCUGGGCAGGGUGACCAUCGCCCAGGGCGGCGUCCUGCCCAACAUCCAGGCCGUCCUCCUGCCCAAGAAGACCGAGAGCCACAAGGCCAAGGCCAAGUGA